AUGGACAAGGCACGUGAAUUGUUUGACACUAUGCCUGAACGAGAUGUAGUUUCAUGGACUGCAAUGAUUGCAGGAUAUACACAAAAUGGAUCUGCUGGAAAGGCUUUAGAAACAUUUAAGAAAAUGCAAUUAGCAGGUGUAAAGCCGGACUCUGCAGCCUUUGCAAGCAUCUUCACUGCCUGCGCCAAACUAGGAGUUUUGGAAGUGGGAUAUGCACAAAAUGGAUUAUGCAGGGAUGCUCUCAAUGUCUUUGAACUAAUGAAGCACUCUGGAACAUAUCCUGACAUUGUUAGCUUUGCUUGUGUUCCAUGUGCAUGCAGCCAUGCAGGUUUAGUGGAUGAGGGCUGUACAUACUUCAAUCAUAUGAGUAAUCCUUAUUGCAUUAUGCCUACAAUUGGUCAUUAUGUGUGCAUAGUUGACCUUCUUGCCCGGGCUGGCUAUCUUGAGGACACCCUAAACUUUAUCAUUAAGAUGCCAGUUAAACCCGUGGUGGUUGUGUGGAUGUGUUUUCUUGGUGCCUGUAGAUCACAUAUGAAUAUAGGUUUAGGAGUAUUUACCGCAACGUCACUUUUUGAUUUGGAUCCUAAUAAUGCUGCAACUUAUGUUCUUCUCUCGAACAUCUACGCAGAAUUGGGCAUGGGGGAUGAAGUUCAAAAUGUAAGGAGAUUAAUGAAAGAUAGAGGAAUUAAAAAGAUCCCUGGACGUAGUUGGAUUGAUGGCCAUAAAGUGGUACAUGCUUUUAGCGUAGGAGACUUAUCGCAUCCACAGACACAGGAUAUCUAUGAAAAGAUGGAGAAAAUGGCUUGGGAGACGAAGCCAACAGAUUAUUUUCCAGAUUCAAGACAGUUACUUGAUGCCAUGGAAGAGAAGGAAAAAUAA